AAUUUUAGAAUACUUUUUUAGUGGGAAUAAAACUUUAACACAAGAAUUUCAUUAUUUAAACAAUUUUAAAUAAAAUCCGGUUAUAAUAGAAACAAAUAUCUUGAGUUUCGAUGAUGUAAUAGGCAGAGGUUACUUUUAGCUCCCUUGCACAUAGACUCACCUAUAUACAAAUUAUCUAAAGUAGACUAUUUCCUGGAACCAAUGAGGCAUUACCAGUUCAAACACCAAUUCUGGGGCAACAGCAGAUGAUGUAUAAUCCUCAACUUCCACAACAAAUGUAUAACAUGCAUCCUGGAUAUUCUCUGCAGCAAACAAGAUUUUAUUCUCAAACUCCAUCCUUUCAACCUCCUCUUUUAGGAACUUUUAGACCAGUGGUACCCAUAGCUGGGCAGGUGGCAUCGGAUAGAGGUACUAUGGCAACCAACAUACAAUCAGUUGGCAUUGUAGCCCCAGAUAGUGGGAAAUAUUUAGAAGAACAAAAGAAGUUAGAACGAGAAAGAAAUUUUCAGUUACAACAACAACGACUGAAACAGUUUAAUGUAGCAAAUCGAAGAUCAAAUUUAAAUUCUACUCAAUAUUUAGAAAAUUUAUUUGGAACUAAAACUGAGAAACAACACUCUUCUAGUUCACUGCAUACAACAGUGGCAACAAAAGUUGAUCAAGAAAAUUAUAAAAGUCUUCCACAAAAAUGUGUAUCUAAUCAGGAAUUAGUUUCUCCAGUAUUUAAAGAAGGAAAGCAAAAAGAAAAUCAAUCACUUCCUGAAACAGCUUUUAAACAGUCUGUUAAAAAUACUAAAGGUAAUGUUAAAGCUUUAGACAAUAUGAUGAGUAAAUGUGUCAAUCUUAAUGGUCCUCACAAAGCUAAUACUUUUCAAAAACCUUCUGUAAAAGAUAUUCAACCUACUUUGCAACAUACUGCAAGUUUUUCUGCUAGUGAAAAAGCUUGUGAUUGGAACAGAGUUCAGAUAAAUGAAUUACAAGAUAUGUUUACACUUCCAAAACCAAGGUUUCCAAAAUGGUGCUGUAAAGAAUUUGUUCCACCAAUAUAUCAUCAGAUUGAGCAAGAAUGUACAAAUCAAGGAAAUCAUGCUAUCGACACUACUCUGCUUUAUCCAAUUUUGACUUCUUCGGGAUUACAAAGAGAGAUUCUUGGGCAAAUUUGGGAAUUGUGCAAUCAAACUAAUCCGGGACAAUUAACGAGUGAAGAAUUGUAUGCUAUUUUAUCUCUAAUUGGUCUUGCUCAGAUGGGACAUGCAAUAACAUCAACAGAUAUUCUUCAUUCCAUACCUCAGCCUGUUAUUCCAGUAUUACAAUAUUUUGUAUUACCAGUUACAUCAAUGAAUACUUUGUCAGAGGAACAAAAUAAUUUGAAUGAGCCAGUAUUGGAAACUCAAGUACCCACUAAUGAUUCUAUAGCUGCAAACAAUCAGACAUGCAAUGUAUUGAAAUCUUUGACUGAAGAUUCUUCUCAGUCAAAUUUUAACUCUGCUGAGAAAAUUACAGAUCAAAAAAUUGAACAAGUGACAGAAAAAGAAUCAGAUUCAGUUUCUGAUGAUGCUCAUGAUUUUGGAGAUUUUAAAUCUGCCACAGUUUUUACAGAAGAAACCACGAAAGUGCCAUCAAUUCAGACUAUAGAUAAUACAGUAGAUGAUUUUGAUGAUUUUAAACAAGCUCCUGUAAUAUCUUCAAAAAAAAUGUCCUUUGUUGCCAAUUUUCCAACAUCUCAGGAGACAAAAACAAAGCAAGCUGAAUCUGACCUGAUGUCACCUGAUGAAGAUAAAUAUAGUAUAUUUCGUGCUCUGCAGGAAAAUACACAAUUAGAUACUUCAAGUUGGGGUUUUGAUAAAAAUAAAAAAACUGAGAUAUUUGCAAAAAGUAAAGAAAAGUCAUCUAAUAACAAAGAACAAUCUUCUGAAAAGGUAUCAAAUGCAACUGUAAAUGUAGAUGAUGAUUUUGGUGAUUUUUUAAGUGCUGAUGCAACUAAUGUAGAGCCCAUUAAAGAUGAAUUUCCAGGAUUUGAAUCAUAUGAUGCAACAAAUUCUGAUGAUUUUGGCAAUUUUGCUUCAUUUCAAACCGAUACUAUACCUGUAGUGACUGUUAGUGAUAAAAAUGGGGAUAUUACCACUUUUCCUAAUCCCAGUCAAAUUAUGACAUCAGAGAUAGUUUUAAAUAUCCAGAGUAAAGACAGCAUUUCUUUAGCAGAAAGUCAAUCAGUAUCAAGUUUAGAAUUUGGCACUUUUGAUGGAAUUGCCUCUGGAUGUCACAGUAGAGAAUCACAGUCAUCUCUCAGCCGUCACGGCUCUAUUCCAAGUUUGAAUUUCAAAGCAUCUGGCAUUGAGAGUUCUCUCAGCAGGCAAGGUUCUGUUCGUAGUCUUGACUUAAAAGGAUCUUCUUUGGAUAAUACAGAUGAAUUUGGUGAAAUGCAAAGCUUUGCCACUUCUAGAAAAAUUUCUUCUCAUUCUCAUUCUCCAUCACCCUCUUUUGAUCUAGCAAAAAAUACUGAAGAAGAAUUGCCCAGUCAACCUGUUGUAGUUGAAAAUAGUGUUGUCCAGUCAACUAUACCUUUUACCAUCACUGAUCGUUACAGUUUCAUCCGACUCAAUGGAUCAGCAAAUGUAGAAGAUCUUCAUGUUUCCGAAUGGAUGAAAUGUCUAGAGAGUUGUCAUAAUUUAAUACAUAAUGCUACUGACAUUUUCAAUCAAAUGAAUAGUAGUACUGUUUGUAAUAAAGUAAUUGGAACUGAAGAAGGUUCAAAUUAUGUUAAAAAUUUGGUUGAAGUUUACAAAGUUGUCAACAGGAUAGCUACUUCGGCAAAAUCUUCGGGGAAACAAACAGAUAGACUUCGGCAACUAUUACAGGAUAUUGAACAUUCCUGGAAUAGCAUAACUGUCUUUAUUUCAUCAUCAUCUAUAUUGCCAGAAGAGAAGUUGUUGGAUUUUUCAUCAUGUAUAUUACAGAGUGAACCAGAAAACCUACAGAAAGCUUGUGGGAUUUGUCUUCUAAAUGUAGAUGCCAAAAAUACUUUGCACGAGGUGGAUAAAGAUUGCCAUAAACUGACUUAUGGAGGAAGACAGUAUCAUGCUACCUGUGCCAAUUUUUGGGUGAACUGUGUUGAUCCUCUCUUACCAUCUCUUCCCUUUCCACAUUUGUUAUAAUUAUGAUUUCCCACCGACACACUUAUUUAAAUCAUUUUGAAAUUCUGUUAAUAUGUAUAUUUACACUUGUUACUGUAUAUUUAUAUUAUUAGAGUUAAGGCAAAAAUAGCAGAACUGCUAUAGUUAAAUUUAUCUGGAGAAAUUUUAUUUUAAAAGCUCACAUUUAUUCAUCAUUCUUUGAGAGUUGUCAGCUUCACAAUGUUAUCAAUGUUGUUUGUAAAAAAUUCUCAUUUAUUUAUAAUAUCAAAACAAUCAAUCAAAUUUUAAAGGGCAUGCAGGGUACAAAACGUUUUUCCUAUAUCAAGAUUUAAACCAAAAGAAAUUGAUGUAAAUUAAAGAAGAAAUUUAUUCAAAUGUAUUAUUAUACAGAAAAUUCUGUCAGCCAUUUGGUCGUUCUAAAAGUUUCAAGAUUUUUAUAACUCAUUAGACAUGUUAACUAUAGAAAUGUAUAUCUAAUUUUAGAUAUGACUGUAGAUUAUUUAAUAAAAUGUAUGUUGAUAUAAA